UGACAUAUUGCAAUCAUUUUAGAAAUACGUUUUUUGAGGACGAUAUGUAGAGUUUUCACGGAUCUUUACAACCAAAAUGGAUUACAUAGAAGAUGGACAAUUUGAAGAUGCAGUGGAAGAGUCAGAAACCGGGCCUUUUGGAGACAACCAUCAACAGACCAUAAAAUAUGAUGCCAAUCUGGAAAGAAAAGUAAGUGCGCUCGAUCUGCAUGAAAACAAUUCAACAAACAAUACAGGAGAUGAUGGGUAUUGGGAAGAAGAGGAUGAGGAUGAUGAUGAUAAUGAUAAUUAUGAUUGGGAUGGAAUGACUGGAGACUUUACCAAAAAAUACAAUGCUGUCACAUCUCACAGCCAACAGCCUAAUUCACAUCGACAACCAAACCAGAAUCCCACAAAAGUGACAAAGCAUUUUCAACCAACUGAUAAAACCAUGCGAAGAUUUGUAGAUAAGAUCAAUGUUGAACAGUACUCAGGCCCUAAAUUGACCAGUUCAGCGAUGUCAGGACUGAUGAAUGCUGGCAAGAAAAUGAACAAUGACAGGUGUCAGCGUAAGGAUAAGGCAGAUCGAGCUACAGCAGAACAGGUGAUGGACCCACGUACACGUAUGAUACUAUUUAAGAUGUUGAGUAAAGGCAUUAUUACUGAAAUCAACGGCUGUAUUAGUACAGGAAAAGAAGCAAACGUGUAUCACGCAACAGCUAAAGACGGCUCUGACCGUGCUGUCAAGGUGUAUAAGACAUCCAUUCUGGUGUUCAAGGACCGUGACAAAUACGUGUCGGGAGAAUUCAGAUUUAGACAUGGCUACUGUAAACAUAACCCCAGAAAGAUGGUGAAGACCUGGGCUGAGAAGGAAAUGAGGAAUCUCAUUAGGAUUCACCAGUCUGGAAUUCUGUGUCCAGAGCCAGUGUUUCUCCGAAGUCACGUCCUUGUCAUGGACUUUAUAGGAACAGAUGGCUGGCCUGCUCCUCUGUUGAAAGACUGCGACAUCUCCGAUUCAAAGGCUCGUGAAUUGUAUCUCCAGUGUAUCCACAUGGUGCGAACACUGUAUCAUACGUGUAAACUUAUACACGCUGAUCUGAGCGAGUUCAAUAUGCUAUACCAUGAAGGGAACGUAUAUGUAAUCGAUGUAUCACAGUCAGUGGAGCAUGACCAUCCACACGCCCUAGAAUUCCUUCGAAAAGACUGCACCAAUAUUACAGAUUUCUUCAGGAAGAAGGGAGUAUGUACACUGACAAUGAAGGAGUUGUUUGACUUUGUCACUGAUGUGACUAUCACUGAUGAUAAUAUUGAUGCCUACCUGGAUCAUGUGAUGGAGGUGUCAGCCAAUCGCACACAGGAUGAUAUUACAGAACAGCAGAAGAUAGAUGAUCAGGUUUUCAAAAACGCCUUCAUACCAAGGACCUUAGAUGAAGUCAUUGACUUUGAACGUGAUUAUUCAAAGGCAAAGAUGGGGAAAACCGAUCAUAUUUUGUACCAGACAGUGACUGGUCUGAAGACUGAUUUAACAGGGGCCCAGCAGAAACCUGUGUUACUAGAGGAAACACCAGAUACAACAGAAACACAUGUUGAUGGAAAAGAGUCAGAAAAAAGUGUCAUCGAUUCAGAUGAGGAGGACAGCAGCAAUGUUAGUGACAAUGACAGUGAUGACAGUGAUGAUGAUGAAAAGAUGAAGAAAGCAGCAUUGUCUCACAGACCCAGGGAUGAAUCCCCAAACAGUAAAAAGGAACGAAAACAAAAAAUAAAAGAAGAACAGAGAGAGAAAAGGAAAAAUAAAAUCCCUAAGCAUGUUAAAAAGAAAAAAGAAAAGAUGGGUAGAAGUGGAAAGAAAAAUUAAGUAAUAAAAUACAUAAAAAUUUAUAUUGAUAUGAAAGAUUAAAAGAUUUUGACAGACACAAAUUAUUUGGUGAUCUUCGCAGCUAGGGAAAGUUAAAGGGUUUGAAAUAUUUAUUUUUCAAUCAUUAGUAAUAAAGAUGCAUAAAAACUAUUGAUUUGUCAUUAACAACAGAUAGUAGUGGUAUGAUGGUAUGUUUUUCCUCUUUUCUGUGUGUGAGUCUGGUAGAAUUCCAAGGCAUGUAUGUGUGGGUGUAAAAAUCAAAGAAAGUGAGGAAAAUAUAUCAUUAUCUUCACGAAAUGUAUUAAAAAUGUAUCAAGUGAA